AUGUCCUAUGUUGUCACCGCUGCAACCGGUCAAGUUGGUUCUGCUGUCGUUAAUUACCUGCUUUCGCAAUCAGUCUCAGUUCGUGCUGUGAUUCGUUCCGAAAGCAGAUCGGAAUAUUUUACUUCACGAAAUAUUGAAGUAGCGAUUGCUGAUUUGACUAACGCCGACGCGUUGACCAAAGCGUUUCAAGGAGCCAAAGCUGUUUUUGCAAUGAAUCCUCCCGUUUACGAGACCUCGGACAUGAAUACAGCUGCUAUGAAAGUCAGCAAUGCGCUAGCUGCAGCAAUCCAAGCGGCACAAGUGCCACGCGUCGUCAUUUUGAGUUCAGUUGGUGCGGAGAAAAGUUCGGGCACCGGAAACAUUCUCACUACGCAUAUAUUGGAAGAAACUUUGAAGGGUACAGCUCCUCAGAUUGUAAUAAUUCGUUGUGCAUGGUUUAUGGAGAAUUGGUUCAAGUCAGUUUCUGCAGUGAAAUUAGGACAAUCGCCUGUGCUUGGCUCCAUGCUUCAAAAACUCGAACGAAAAAUUCCUCAAGUUGCUACGGAUGAUAUUGGACGUGUCGCUGCCGAAUACAUGACAAAGCCAGCUCAAGCAGUCGAUAGAAUGGUCAUUGUUGAACUUGAAGGACCGGAACCUUAUAGUCCAAAUGAUGUAGCUCAGAUUGUGAGUAAGGCCUUAGGAAAAAAUAUUCAUGCUGUUGCGAUGACAGAAGAAAUGAUACGUGGACUCUUUGGAAAAGUUGGAUGGCCAAAGGAAACCGUGGAUAAUUGGAUAGAAAUGGUUCAAGGCUUCGAUAAUGAUACAAUCUGUUGGACAACAAAUGGAAAUGUCACCCGAGAAAAGGGUACACGCACUUUGGAUGAAGUUCUUGGCAAAGUUUUAAGCGAAAAAUGA